AUGGACCAUACUCCCUCGUUUUCCCAGACACAAGCAAGCAUGGCUUGGCCCUACUUCCAAAUGCCAAACUCACGCCGAUCUUCCAACAAGCAAGCAAUGGUGGCUGCAAUACUGGUACCGGUACGGCGGAGGCAAAAACUACAUAAUCUUUAUAAUGGAUAUGGCCCCAAUGGACGGAUCAUCACUGUGUCGCAGCCGAAGCUUUGGGGAACCGCACCCGGCCGAAGCGGGGAUUGGUUUCACAGGAGACCACCACUGGUGCCCUCACCAGCACCACGCUCCCUAAGGGAGAUGGUGUAUUUAAAGCUACAUGGAGAGUUACUGGGUGUUUUUGGUGGAGGAGGAGGAGGAAGGACGGAAGAAGGACGCAGGAGGAAAUUGGAAAGGUGGGAGGUGGAUCGAGGUCCCGCGUCGUUUAUUACCCAGCCUCAAGUUGUGUGGCGUAACUCUCUUCAAGGACUGGUUCUGAUGUGUUGA